AUGGGGAGUUUGAUGAAAACUCUUCAAAUAAUUGUACUUCAGUAUUUUUUAUCUUUUAAAUCGGCUUCCUCAAAAAACAAAAUCCGAAAUGGAGAAUUUCUGGAACAAUUAUUUGACGGAUACAGCAAAUAUAUGUUGCCUAUUUUGGACAUUGAAAAACCAGUUGACGUGAAUCUUUCUUUGUAUUAUAUUUCUCUGAAUGAUGUAGACACAAAACAAAAGACAGUCAGUGCUACUCUUAUUCUAGAGUUGCAAUGGAUUGAUCAGUAUUUGAUAUGGAAUAAUUCUGGAGAAUAUGAUGUGCCGUCUAGAAUAUCCAUUGAUUCGAAAUCUAUUUGGUUACCUGAUUUGUUCGUUGGAAAUAACGAAGGACUCUUAACGUUUUUAACACCAGAUGAUAUCAAAAACGUUAUACUUUUAAGGGAUGGACAUAUUUCAGCAUACCCGUAUAAAACGUUUGAACUUGGUGUUGAUAUAAAUAUCUAUAAAUAUCCAUUUGAUACACAAGUGAUUGAACUUGAAAUUAUGCCUUGGAGCUACUACUCGCAUGAACUAGCAAUAAGGGAUAUAACGGAGGUUAAUGAAAGCAAUGCCGUUUUUAAACAAUUCAGAGGAAAUGGAGAAUGGGAUCUUGCUACCUGGUCUCGAGAAAACUUUUAUUUGUCUAAUGAAAUUGACAGUUAUACAACAGUUUCAACAGUUAUUUAUAAAUUUACUUUAAAGCGAAGAUGGUUGUAUACAAUUUUAAAUUUAGUAGCGCCCGUUGUAAUCACAUCGUUACUGAAUCCUUUGUCAUUUUUGCUCCCUGUUGACAGUGGAGAACGCAUAUCACUAAGCAAUACCGUAUUUCUGACACUGGCUGUGUUUUUCACAAUUGUGAGCAACUCAUUACCUCAAACAUCUGAAGGAUCACCGAUAUUUGUCACGUAUAUCGGUCUACAAAUGUUCGGAAGUGUUCUGACAAUUGCAUUUACAAUCAUAAGUCUGGCAUGUUAUUAUAGCGACAAUGACCUUAGACAAAACAAUGCACUACUUCGUGUCCUGUGUAGUAUGUGUGGUAAAAAUAAAACCGAAAAAUGCGCUGAUUCUAAUUCUGAAAACCUGGAAGAGUAUGAUUCUGAGCAUACACAUAGUCGGGAAAUAGGAAAAAUCUGUUCUAAAAUUAUUGAUAGAGUGUGUUUUUGGAUGUCUCUUCUCUGGAAUCUUUGUCUUUUAUCCAUUACAAUAAUUAUAGCAAUGUCUUAG